GUUCUUGGCCGACCUGUGCGUAUUCUGCCACAUUGCAGAUUUGAGAGAUGGACCUUUAUUAUUGCGUGUGCUCUAGCUCUACCGAGGACAAACGUGCCGCCGCAGGGAAAGAUAUACGGAGGCUGAAAAGUAAUUGGCUGUUUCUCAUGUUCACAUGUAUCCUACGAGUCAUCAACUACACCGGUGUCAUACCAACUAACCAUCAGUUCAUCAUCAAUCCCACUGCAGAGACCCUCAAUAUCACUGACGAGGUGCCGCCAUGGUAGAAUAACAGUAGCGUUAGCACCAACAGCGUUUCAAGUGAAAGAUUCAAUUUCAUGGCAUUGUAGUGGAAAACAGUGACAUGCAGUAUAGAAUAACUGGAUACAUAAAAAGCUGCUCCAUCAAACUGCACACACACACACCUAACCCACUGGAUUUGUGAGAGCUUCUGUGGCACGUCGGGAUCAUGUGCUACUUGA